UUCUAUAUUGAAAAACAAUUACAAGUGAAAAUGGGUGCUCAGAUGCUUGCAGUUCUUGCCCUCUUGGCCCUAUGCUCUCAAGCUUUAGCAUCUGAUCCAAGUCCCUUGCAAGACUUCUGUGUUGCCAUUAAAGACACCGACUCUCGUGUGUUUGUGAACGGGAAGUUCUGUAAGAAUCCAUACUACACAACAGCAGAUGAUUUCUUCUUUUCCGGCCUUGACAAGCCCGGAAAUACAUCCAACUCCGUUGGCUCCAAAGUCACUCCUGUAAAUGUUAUGCAAUUGCCUGGUCUCAAUACUCUUGGCAUCUCCAUGGCCCGCAUAGAUUAUGCUCCCUACGGUCUCAAUCCGCUUCACAUGCACCCCCGAGCCACCAAGGUUCUGGUUGUGUUGGAGGGCACACUUUACGUGAGCUUCGUCACCUCCAACCUGGAUAAUCGCCUCUUUACCAAGGUCCUUAACAAGGGAGAUGUGUUUGUGUUUCCUAAAGGUCUCAUUCACUUCCAGUUCAAUGUGGGGCACACCAAUGCGGUUGCCUUUGCUGGUUUGAGCAGUCAGAACCCUGGUACAAUCACUAUUGCUAAUGCUGUGUUUGAAGCCAAGCCACCCAUCAAAAACGAUGUUCUUGCAAAGGCUUUCCAAGUUGACAAGAAGGUGGUUGAUUACCUUCAAGCUCAGUUCUGGAUGGAUAACAACUAAAACAAACAGCACUACUGCUCCUAAUUAUAACUUAAUAAAUAUAAACUCCAUUCCUACUUUAUUGUGUUAGUAGCUGUUGGA